AAAAAAAAAAAAAAAAAACGGUUACAGGAAAAUUGAAAGAAAUGAGCGAUCCUAGAAAAAUAAAAGCAGAGCGAGGUGUGGUUGUGCCACUUCCUGUCCGUUCUGAAGAAAAAAAAAAGAUCCCUCCUCCGCUGCUGUUCGUGGUGGCUAAUUUCACAACCGCCGUGGUGUCACUUCUCCACGUUUUAAGAUAAAAAUAAAGAAGGCACGGCUUUUGUUCUGUCCAAGACAUCGGUAUACUCCCCUUAGAUUAUUCCUCGUCUCGAUCCCCAAUUCCUCAGAAUUUCGUCAGUUCCGAUGAUUUUGUCUCACUGUUUGUAAUCACAUGCAAGAAUCUGGCUGCUUACUUUCUUUUAAUUCCAAAUCGAACUCCCUAAUCUGAUCUUGAUUGUGAUCGAGAUGUCAUUUAAGAGCAAGUUAAAGGAGAUUAGAGAUGAUAUCACUACUACAUUUUCGAUGGGAAAGUUACAGAGGAACAGAACAAAUCGAAGAGGGAGAGCUUAUAUUGCACCUGAAUUAGGAGGUGGGUCUGAGCUAUUAAGCGAGUUGAUUGAAGAACAGAGUCCAUGGGCUAAUUUGCCACCAGAGUUGCUACAAGAUGUGAUUAAGAGAGUUGAGGGUAGUGAAACUUCAUGGCCUGGAAGAAGAGAUGUUGUUGCUUGCGCUUCAGUUUGUACGUCUUGGAGAGAGAUUACUAAAGCUGUUGUUAAGACCCCAGAACAGUGUGGUUGCAUUACUUUCCCUAUCUCGCUAAAGCAGCCUGGGCCGAGAGAUGCUCCAAUUCAAUGCUUUAUUAAGAGGGAAAGGGCUACUUCUACUUAUCAUUUGUAUCUUGGUCUCAGUCCUGCUUUGUCAGGUGAUAUGAGUAAAUUAUUAUUAGCAGCAAAGAAGAUUAGAAAGGCUACAAGCACAGAUUUUCGGAUAUCAUUUGUUGGAAGUGAUUUCUGUCAAACCAGCAAUACCUAUGCUGGAAAGCUGAGGUCUAAUUUCCUGGGAACCAAAUUCACCAUUUAUGACAGUCAGCCUCCAUGUCCUGGACUGAAGUCCAAUUGCAAGCUUCAGCAGAAAGUCCGUUCCAUCCAAGUGUCUCCAGGGGUACCUGCUAGAAACUUUAAUGUGGCCACUGUAUCUUAUGAGCUUAAUGUCCUACGGACCCGGGGUCCAAGGAGAAUGCAUUGCAUCGUCCACUCAAUCCCUAUUUCUGCAAUUCAAGAAGGGGGAGUAGCCCCUACUCCAUUGGAAUUCAAUAAUCCUGGUGAUGAGCAAUCUCCUUCAUUGUCUGCCUCAAAAAUAAAGCAACCACUUAUCGAUUUCAUCUCCACUAGCCGUGCUGAGUCAUCUGAUUCAAUUUGCAGCAAAAUGGAUCCCCUGGUUUUGAAAAAUAAAGCUCCUAGAUGGCACGAGCAGCUUCAGUGUUGGUGUCUAAAUUUUAAAGGGCGUGUUACAGUGGCCUCUGUGAAGAAUUUCCAGUUGGUGGCAGCUGUGGAGCCUUGUCAAAAUGUUCCUGUAGAAGAACAAGAAAAAGUUAUUCUUCAGUUUGGAAAGAUCGGGAAAGAUAUCUUCACCAUGGAUUAUCGAUACCCCCUCUCUGCCUUCCAAGCUUUUGCAAUCUGCUUGAGUAGCUUUGACACUAAACCAGCUUGUGAAUGAUCAUUUUCUUUUUCCAUCUUGGGCCAUAUUCGUGUUGUUCUUCCCCGAAAACUUUGUUGUAUUUAUUUUUGAUUAAUAUGGGUGUCCGGGCUAGUUUACACGCACCUCGACUAAUUCCACGGACCCUGAAAUUAACAACUAUGUAAGCCUCCAGUGGCCCUGAGGAGACUCGAACUAACUUUGUUGUAUUUAUUCUCUCUGAAGGAAGCUCCUUUGGAUUUGCACUUUGUCAUCAGCAUUAAUUUUAUGUAAACAGCAGUGGUCUGCAUGGACUAUGUAGCAACAUUUGUUUAUUUGCAGAAAGGUAGUUCUGCAACAGCUACCCCAAGUAUGUAACUUCUUAAGGAAUUUUAAUUCCAUAAAACCUAUAAAUUCUUGUUCUCUGUA